GGUAGUGAACGCAGCCAGCUUUAUGGCGGUGCACCGAAGUGAUCGGGACUGAGGGAAAGACUUUACCGCCGCAGCUUCCAUCCGUUUCCCCCAACUUCGAGCGGAGACUUUUAACUGGACAAGCGGAAAGUUUGCGCCGGAUUUACGGGAUUUAAGCCGCCGUGGAGAUUCUCGGUACUUCUUUGUGACACGCUCGGGGCGGCUCGGAGUAUCUGUACCCCCACCCCUCCUCCUCCGCUGGCUGGCUGCUAGCCUCGGUUACCGCUGAUCAACAUGGUGGCCUGCUGGUGAGGAGAACCCCGGAGCUCCGUGAGGGGGAAUUUUCAGUAACUCCAUCCGCAGCCCGAACCGUUUGCGCCGGCAGACACCAAGGCUCCGGAGACGUUACCUUCCCGGUGGUGGUUUUAUCCGCGUAUUUGUUUGGUUUCUGUGGCUCAAACGGCGGUUUUGUGGCCGUUAAAAGAGCGUGUUCUGUGGACCGUGGGUAAUUGGAGUUAACCUGAAAAAAGUUCCCACCAGACCGCCUGAAAGUUUCCCGACACGUUUGAAACCACACCGGAUAUCUGUGAAGGAUUAAUUUAAGCAUUUUUAUUUUCUUUAAUGACGGAUGCUGAUGAUUUGGUGAGCAAGUGCAGCCUCCUGGACCAUUUCCAUCCUCUGAAAUCCUUCUCAUUUUUAAGGUUCUCUUUCUGGGGAUUAUUAUUCUGGAUUAUGGCAUAAUCCGAACCGCAGCAGGCCUGCUGAUUUGGAAGUAAAGAUCUGUUUUUUUGUUGUUGAUGAUGAUGGUGGUGGUGAUGACAGAGAAAAGCGAUAGUGUCCCUUCCUUAUGAUUCUGCCUAGAGAAGAGUUCAUUACAUGGAGACUCGCCUGACAUGCCGAGGAAGGAGUUGCCACUACCACACGGUUGGGAGGAAGCCAAAGACUUUGAUGGGAAAAUUUACUACAUCAACCACAUUGAACAGUCCACCAGCUGGAUCGACCCUAGAGACAGGCAGACAAAGCCUCUGACGUUCGCUGACUGCAUCGGAGAUGAGCUGCCGGUGGGCUGGGAGGAAGCUUACGACCCCGUCGUCGGAGCGUACUAUGUCGACCACAACACCAAGCGGACCCAGCUGGAGGACCCACGGGCCCAGUGGCAGCGGGAGCAGGAGGCCAUGCUCCGAGACUACCUUGCUGUGGCCCGGGAUGCGCUCAGCGCGCAGAAGGAGAUCUACCAGGUGAAGGAGCAGCGGCUGCAGCUGGCGCAGCAGGAGUACCGGCAGCUCAACGACGCCUGGAGGGACAAGUCCACGUCACAGACGAGCCUAAAUUCCAGGUCGUCCUCAUCCAGCAAAUACGACCCAGAUAUCCUCAAAGCGGAAAUUGCCACAGCCAAAAGUCGAGUGAACAAGCUGAAGCGGGACUUGGCCUCUAUGAAGCAGGAACUGCAGUACAAAGAGCAAGGCUUCGAGACGCUCAUAGAGAUUAACCAGAAAGUAUCCAACAGCCCAUCCGGCUACAAGCUGCAGGACGCGCAGGCCAUCCUCAACGAGGUCCGCUCCAUUCGAGACGCCAUCAGCUCCGGAGAAAAGGAGAAGCAGGAGCUCAUGCAGAAACUGGCCGUGUUGAAGGACGGCUUCCGGCUGGAUUCUGGCUCCCAACAGGAGCUGUGGGGCAGCAGUCCAUCGCUCGCCAACUCUGAGACGUCCAUCCCUCGCCUCUACUCAGACGUCGGAUCCCAAACCGACCUCCCAGCUGAGUUUACGACCAGCAGCAACAAACUGGCAGAAAAAGUUCGUCUGAGCCUGAAGUACGAUGAGGCAAAGAGAAGGAUCGCCAGCAUCGAGGUGCAGAUCGCCAAACUGGACAGCGAAGCGUGGCCGGGCCUGCUGGACCCAGAGCGGGACCGCCUCAUCCUCAUCAACGAGAAGGAGGAGCUGCUGAAGGAGCUGCAGUAUAUCAGCCCACGGAAGCGGCUGGAGCCCAACGAUGCCGAGAAGCUGGAGACGGAGAAGAAACGCCUGGAGAGAGACCUGCAGGCUGCCAGAGACAACCAGAGCAAGGCGCUGUCCGAGAGGCUGCGACUCCACUGCAAGAGGAGCGAGUUGGUGCGAGAGCUGGAGGAGACGGUUCGACUGGCCACGUCUCUGCAGACGCAGCUGAGGAGCCUGUCGGCCAGCACUCUGUCCUGUUCGUCUGGCAGCAGCCGCGGGUCACUGGCGUCCAGCCGCGGUUCGCUGGCCACCACAUCCAGCCUUGGCUCCGCCUCCUCCCUCAGCUUCACCGACCUCUACCUGGAGCAGCCUGAGCUGGCCGACCCGGACCUGCGCAGCAAGCUGGACAGCCUCCUGCAGGACGGCGGCCCGGUCGGCUACCGGCCCUCCAGUUCCAUCACCACCAUCCACGAGCACGAGGUGGUGACGGGAUGCGGCCGGCGCUGCGCCGAGCGGUCCGAUGAUGCCGGGCUGGGCGGCGCCGAGUCUUCCCGGGUCCAGGCCCUCAGGCUGUCCGAAACGCCACGUUCCAUGAACUCGUUGUCUCCGCGCUCAUCUCUGUCAUCGCUGUCGCCGCCGUGCUCGCCGCUGGUUUCGGACACCACUUUCCUGUCGGGGGAGUCGGGGCCCGGCGGGGUUGGACUGGACCUGGAGCUGCGCAGCAGGCUGGCAGAGCUGGAGCUGGAUCCCGAGGAGCAGCGGAGAGAGCAGCUGGAGGACAAGCAGAACCUCAACAAUGUCCUUGGAGAUGAGGGCAAAGGUGCUCAGACUCGAGGGGCGGGGCCAAAGAAGAUGGGUGUGACCUCAGCUGUAUCCGAUGAGUCAGUGGCCGGUGAUAGUGGAGUUUACGAACCAUCAGAACGCAAGCCAGGCCUCCCUACAGAACUCCUCCUGAGCUCCUAUGAGGACCGGUCUGCUUCCGGCUGCUCCCAGGUCCAGCUCGGCUUCCGCUACGAAUCCAGAGACCAACGCUUCAUCGUCUCUAUCAUACAGCUGUCUAACUGCAGUGCCCUCUUUAUGCCGGCUGAUCAGAAAAUGUACGUCCGCGUGGCGGUGCUGCCACCCGUUCAGGCCACCCGCUGCCUCUUCCGAACACGAGGCCUGCUCCCUCAGGACGUGGUGGCCAUCAAUGAGGUGUUCGGCAUGCAGACGUCACACAAUGGAUUGCGACAGAAGACCCUCAGGGUUGACAUCUGUAACACCAGCAAGUCGGGCCAUGAGCAAUGUCUGGCCGGAGCCCAGAUCAGCCUGGCUGAUGUCAGCUGUUCAGAGGAGCGAUGCACCAAGUGGUACAACCUGCUGAGUCGCCUCCACAUGUCUGAGAUUAACAACAAGGACAAGGAAACAAGAGCGCAGGGCAGCUCUGGCAGGACACACGAAGGAGUCCAGCCUCCUGAGACUGAUGAGUGGCAAGGCGAUCCUCUUGAGGUAGACAUGUCUGAUGAAGAGGAAGAAGAAAAUGAUGAGGAGGGUGUGGAAACUCAGGAUGAAGAGGAAGAGUUUUAUCCUGACAACAGUCAAUGGGUUGGAGAGAAAGAGGAGAAUGAAGAGGAGCAGAAGGUGGCCAAAUCCACUCCCACGGCACCCAUCACUGAGAAGGUCAACAAAGAGACAAGCAUUGACAAUUUGUCAGCAUGUCAUCAGUGGUCGGUGGUUCGACCCAAGGAGCGCCGUCCUGAUUUCCACCAGCAGAACCCCUUUAUGAGGGGCAACACCAUCAUCCGCUCCAAGACUUUCUCCCCUGGACCUCAGAGCCAGUACAUUUGCAGGAUUAAUCGCAGCGACAGCGACAGCUCCACACUCUCCAAGAAGUCUCCGUUUGUCAGAAAUGCCUCAGAAAGACGCAGCAUGCGCAUGAAAAGGCCUGCAGUGCAGGUGAAAGGUCUGGACGGUCUCCUCCGCACUUCCCUGGACCUGGAGCUGGACCUGCAGGUGUCCCGGACACGGCAGGCCCGGCUGACUCAGGAGCUGCGGGUUCUGCGGGAGCUGAAGAUGCAGCUGGAGAAGGCAAGGCAGCAGGGACAAAGGGAGCUGCCUGCCUGGGUCCAAGAGGACGAGCGCUUCCGUCUGCUCCUCAAACAGGCUGAGAAACAGGUUAGAAAACCCACCAGACAGGAGAACGAACCCACUAAGGGAACAGCAGUUUCAACAUCUUCUCUGUUUCAGACUCGAGAGGAGCAGCUGCAGGAGAAACGGGUAGAGAAGAUGAUGAAGGCAGCAGCCAAGGACGUCCACAAGAUCAGAGGACAGAGUCGGAAAGAGCUGUCUGAGGUCCAGACCUUUAGAGAGAAGAUUGCGUUUUUGACGCGAGCAAAGACCAGCAUCCCCGACCUGCCGGCCGACGACGUGUAGAGAAGCAUUUCAAAGUAUCUUUCUCCUCUGAACCUGUUGCUCCCUCGCUGCCGGGCGAACUCUUGCUGGUAUCGUGAAGAGUUAAAAACAUAUUGGACACAAAAAAAGACCACUCAAAACGGUGAAGAAACGCAUUUUAAAGCAGCUCAGCACUUCUCAUGUGGAUAGUCGGUACAUGUAAGAUGGCUCUGGAGCGCCUCCAUCUUUAUUUUCUGUUUUGUUUCUGUUACUAACCAGCUGGUUUUAGUUGUUUGAAGUCAUUCCAGCAAAAAGAAUCUCAGACUUUUAUACUAAACUCACACAAAUAAUGUACAUAAGUAGCGCAAAAUUAAAUCAACAAUGGUACUAGAGUUCAGUUUACACUGAUGACGAAUCAAAACAAAUCUGAAAAAUAUUUAAUAUUCACACUUUAUUUUUAGAGCAUUUAGAAAAUUGUAUAUGCAAACACACAAGCACAGUGUUUCUUUUUUUGUUUUUAUUAUGUUUUUGCUGCAGACGU